UCCUCCGUAUAUUUUUAUUGUUUCAUCUUUCCGCUCUUUGUAAUUGCAGAAAAUGGCGAUGGGUAUCGAAGUGUAAGUUGGAAAGUUAAGUCUCUGAUUUUGGUCCUGUAGUGAAGCUUAAAUAAAAUGAACUUACGCUAUAAAUUUUUGCUUUGCAGUCUUGCUGGGCUUGCUUUUAUGUUUUCUUCUAGUAUCCUGCUACAGAUCCUGGCUUGUGCAAUUUACAAUAAUUGGUGGCCUAUGUUAUCAGCUCUCAUGUAUGUGCUGGUGCCUAUGCCUUGCUUGUUCUUUGGAGGAGGUUCCACUCAUUUUUUGACCAGCCGAGAUGGUGGGGGUUGGAUGGAUGCUGCUAAGUUCUUGACGGGCGCAUCUGCAGUGGGGAGCCUAGCCAUUCCAAUCAUCCUUAAGCAUGCCCAUUUGAUUCAGACAGGAGCCAUGCUAAUUGAGUUCACAUCGUUCUUCAUAUUUGUCUGCACCGUUUUGUGCUUUCACCGUGCUAGUCUCGAAGAUGAAUGGUAUUAAACACUAAAACACAUCAGGCCACAGAUUACGUGAGUUGUUUGAUUUGGAGACUGUUGAAUAUAUUGAACAAAUUUAAUGUAAAAUUGGUAGAUUAUAACAUAUAAGAAGAAACAGGGAAAAGAAAUCAAAUUUUCCCCACAAAAUGUAAACCCUACUUUUGUUUCAUCUACAUGUACAGAAGAUAGCUUCCUACAACUUCACCGCAGUUAUUUCCGCUAGAAAAGAAAUAUUGGGAUCUGCUUUUAACAGUGGUA